AUUCUGACAUAGAAUAUUGAUAUGUAUUAAUUUCUUUGGCUAACCAUCCACCUGUUUUUAGUCUCUUUCUUCUCUCCGCAAACUUUCUUCGUUGAUUCCCUCCUUCUCCGGCGUGGUUUCACCAUGACUCGUGGAAAUCAAAGAGAGCGGGACAGAGAAAGGGCUCAGGCUCGUAACAGUGGCAAAGGUAAGAAUAAAGAUGAUGGCUUGACCCCAGAACAGCGCCGAGAAAGGGAUGCAAAGGCGCUUCAAGAAAAGGCAGCAAAGAAGGCAGCACAGGCAGCAGGGGGUAGCGAACCUGGAGGUAAAAGUAACAAGAAAUAGGAAUAAUCUGAUCUAUGGGUUCUGUAACUUAAAUUUUGUGCUAUUUGAUCCGUUUGUAACAUCUAUGUUUAAUGUUAAACUAUGAGUUUUAUUCUUCUAUUCUCUUUUUCAAUAAAAUUGUAAGUGUGAAUUCCUAUGACUGAUAUGUGGAAUAUGAUGGAUCUUUUUGGUAUGUA